UUCUUAUAAUCUCCCCUUGUAUCUCUUCAACCCCUCUCCCCCCUUGUAGAGCGCGCUUAGGAGGCACGAUCGAUCUAUCCGAGCCAACGAUCUACUGCAGACAUGGCGAUGAACUUUGUGACUUUCAACCAGGAUUAUAGCUACCUGGCUGUGGCGACUGCCAAGGGUUUCCGGAUCUUUACGACGGACCCGUUCGCCAAAAGCUAUGAGACAAAAGAGGGGAAUAUCGCUAUCAUCGAGAUGCUCUUUUCAACAUCGCUGGUUGCGCUCAUCCUGUCUCCCCGUCGGCUUCAGAUCACAAAUACCAAGCGUCAAUCGACAAUAUGCGAGUUGACCUUUCCAACUACCGUUUUAGCGGUCAAGCUGAACCGAAAACGACUGGUCAUUGUCCUAGAAGAUCAGAUUUAUUUAUAUGACAUCCAAACUAUGAAGCUCCUGUACACUAUUGAAACCUCACCGAACCCAAACGCAAUAUGCGGUCUUUCACCGUCGUCUGAUAACUGUUAUCUUGCCUAUCCGCUUCCACAGAAAGCUGCCCCUUCUUCUUUCAACCCUCCGGCUCAUGCGCCUCCUGGGACUACCCAUGUCUCCCCGACUAGCGGCGAGGUUUUAAUAUUUGAUACCUUGAAACUAGAGGCUAUCAACGUGAUUGAAGCGCAUCGCUCCCCGCUAGCGUGUAUAACACUCAAUAGCGAUGGUACCCUCAUCGCCACAGCAUCCGACAAGGGAACCAUCGUGCGAGUCUUUUCUGUCCCCGAUGGCCAGAAACUAUAUCAAUUCCGACGUGGAUCAAUCCCGUCCAGGAUCUACAGCAUGUCCUUCAACACCACCUCCACGCUGCUCUGCGUUUCAUCUUCCACAGAGACUAUCCAUCUCUUCAAACUCACCCACCCUUCGCAAUCACGAGAGCCUUCGCCUUCGUCAUCGUUGCCCAUAGCGCGCCAACGCAGCUUCAGCCAGAGCUCCCUCGGCCAGUCAUCAGACCCGGACGCCGUCGACGAGGAUAACGGCUCUCCCGAUCUAUCGUCUAGAAAACACAAUGGCACUUUGAUGGGCAUGCUCCGCCGCACUUCGCAAACUGUCGGUAGCUCCUUCGCUGCUAAAGUUGGCGGCUACCUCCCGAAGGGCGUCAGCGAGAUGUGGGAGCCAGCGCGGGAUUUCGCCUGGAUCAAGAUCCCCAAAUCAAACCAGGGAUCUGGGCAGAACGGGAAUAAUAAUGGCCCGUUACGAAGCGUGGUUGCGAUGAGUAGUAAUACGCCACAAGUAAUGGUGGUGACCAGUGACGGAAACUUCUACGUGUUUAGCAUCGAUCUUUCCAAAGGAGGAGAGGGGACACUAAUUAAACAAUACUCACUCCUCGACACGAACGAUAGGCUGGGAUACUCCAUAACUGAUUAUUAAUUUGCUAUUCAAUGCCCAUAUAACUAACUACCUUUGAUACCACUGCACUCAGCCCCCCCUCCCCUGGCUAGGAUCAUUUGCGCUGCAUUCCUUUCUUCUCUAAGCUUCAUGAAUGUUGAGUUGUUAUCUAUCUCUCGUCCGUCCACUCCUUUCCCCUCUCUAAUUUAACCUGCUACCGACAACGAGCAUCUCACCUCCUCUUUU